GAGAGAGAGAGAAGAGAGAGAAUGGAAGUGGAGCAAGUACUUCACAUGAACGGAGGUUUGGGAGAUAGUAGUUAUGCCAACAACUCAUUAGUUCAGGGAAAGAUGAUAGAAAUGACAAAGGCGAUAGUAGAAGAUGCAAUAAGUAAAGUAUACCGCAGUUUGGGCUCAAACUCAAAGACGUUGUGCAUGGCGGAGUUGGGUUGUUCCUCCGGACCAAACACUCUGCUUGUGGCGGCGGAGUUCGUCAAAACCGUGUACGAGUCGAGCCGGAAGCACGGGCGCGAGCUGCCGGAGUUUCAGAUAUUUCUGAACGACCUCCCAGGAAAUGAUUUCAACUGCAUUUCCCAGUGGUUGAUGCCAAAGUUUGAAGAGGAGAUUGGAAAUAUUAAUGGUGGAUAUUGUUUUGUAUACGGAGCUCCUGGAUCGUUUUACGGCAGGCUUUUCCCCUCCAACACACUCCAUUUUGUUCAUUCUUCUUGCAGUCUCAUGUGGCUCUCCAAGGUGCCUCAAGGCUUGGAAAUGAACAAGGGAAACGUGUACAUUGGGAGUGAGAGCCCAGUGAGUGUGAGUGAAGCAUACUAUGCUCAAUUUCGAACAGAUUUUCAGACAUUCUUGAAAUGUCGGUCGGAAGAAGUAGUAGUGGGUGGAACGAUGGUGCUUACUAUUUUGGGAAGGAAAACUGAGACAGCUGCUUCCAAGGAGUGCUGCUAUAUUUGGGAGCUCUUGGCCCUUGCCCUCAAACAAAUGGUGCAUGAGGGAGUAGUAGAAGAAGAAAUAGUGGAUUCAUUUAAUAUCCCUCAAUACACGCCUUCCCCUAUAGAGGUAAAGAAGGAAGUGGAGAAUGAAGGGUCAUUCAUCAUCACUCAUUUGGAGGCCUCCGAAAUUAGUUGGGCUGCUUGCAGCGCUACUAAUAAUGACACUGCUAAUCACAAGAUUAGUGCGUACAAUGUGGCUAAGUGCAUGAGAUCGGUGGCUGAACCCUUACUAGUUCAACACUUUGGGCAAUCAAUAAUCGACCAACUCUUCGUUAAGUACCAAAAUAUCAUUUGGGAUCGCAUGUCGAAGGAGGAUACCAAGUUUAUCAAUGUCACUAUUUCAAUGACCAAGAGACAAGAAUAAUCAUUACUUGCAUGUACCAAUCUUACUAUUACUUCUGGUUAAAUUUGUGUUGUAAAAUAUUAGUAAUAUUUAGGUGAUCAUGUUGCAGAGUUAGUUAGAAAUAGUUAAGUUGUUUUACAGUUUGUCGUAAGUUAACUACAUGCAACCAUGUGUGAAUUCCUUGUACACAGCUCUAGAUAUAAAGAGCUCGUUGAUUUAUAGAAUUUUCCUCUCCU